UUUCCCGAACGUUCGUCGACAUUUUGCACUUUGUGUUUCAUUUCAACAUUAACCUUCCUUGAGGGCAAAAGGCGUAGAGAGCUCCGGGACGUCGCCGACCUCAGAAGAAAGCGCCGAGAGAACAGACGCGAAGCGGAGCGGAGGCGGGCCGACAUGGUUCAGAUGCACGACGCCCGAAGGUUGGCGACAGCGGCGGGCAGGGGCAAGCACGACGAGGUGCGGAGGAUCCUGGACGAUGGCGGCGUGCAUCCCGAUGCUGUCAACGAGUUCGGCAGGACGCCGCUGCAGGUGAUGAUGAUGGGCAACGCCGAGGUAGCCCGCCUGCUCCUGGAAAGCGGCGCCAACCCCAAUGUGCAGGACUCGUCCGGGAUCGCGCCGAUCCACGACGCCGCCCGCUCGGGCUUCGUGGCCACGCUGCGGGUCCUGGUGGAGUACGGCGCCUUGGUGAACGUGGCGGACCACUUCGGCGCCCUGCCCAUCCACAUCGCCAUCCGGGAGGGCCACCGCGACGCCGUGGAGUUCCUGGCGCCGUGCUCCGACCUGUGGCACACCAACGCUCGCGGCCAGACGCCCGUCGACGUGGCCCGGGCGUCCCGGCGGCCCGACAUGAUCCACCUGCUGUUGGCACACAUCUAGUCGUAGUCUGGACCGCGCGCGUUCCCGUUUCUGUUCAAACCUGGUGACUUGAAUUCAUUGGCGUCUAUAUAAAAGUUUUUGUUUUCUUAGCUCGAUGUUCAGACAUGACGCACGUGUUAUGUGGUCAUGGCAGCUACUUUUCAAUGGGUUUGUUUUGCACAGUGCAAUGUAGGCACCUUAUUUCCGAAUAUGUAUUUAUGUUUGAUCUUUGAAUUGGGAGUGCACAUUAGUCUGAUUCCCCUCCCGUUGUUGUUGUGUUCAUUUGUAACAGUUGAUUUGUUUGUCUUGUGGUUUUUUGUGAUGAAACUUGAACCGGUGCAAAAUGAACUUUACCUUGCAUUAUCCGUUACAUGAAAUUAGAUUAACUUAGACUUUGCAUUAUUUAUUGUUGUAAUAGCAGUGGCUAUUGUUUUUGUUAUUUAUACUAAGAACACUUUAAUACAGAAGUGAAGAGUUCAGUUUGCUGUUUGAAUAUGA